AUGAAAUCGGCGAAGACAGCAGAUUCAUCUGACGCUGCAGAAACAUUAGCUGAUGCAAAAAUAACACAGGAGGUGAAGUCGAAAAGGAAACAUUUAUCUGAAACUGCAGACACGUUAGGCGAUGCAAAAAUAGUACACAACAGGAAGUCGAAAAGUAAACAUUCGUCUGAAGCUGCAGGAACAGUACCGGUAGAUGAUGCACCAGGAGCUGAUGCGCUGCAUUCUACUAUUCCAAGGAACAUCAGUAUAGGAACUCAAAACUCCAAGGACCGAGCAACGCCACUGAAUAAUAUACGACAGUUGCCACCUACAGGACAGCCAACGAAGAAAAUCGGACUGCCCACCAAACCUUCAAGUCUCCGUUUGUCCCUUGUUGCAGAUGUUGCAGAAAACGCAACAAAACGAAUUGGAUCAUCUCUUGUAAAUUCAGAACAGCAGCUGGCACGCGUUGCAGAACAAAAGGCGAAGCAGAUUACGGAUGUAACAACAAAACAAAUUGGAUCGGCUAUCAAACAAUCAGAAAGGGUGUACAAAAAGAGUCGCUGGUGUUUCUGGGCUCGUUUCAUUGGUCGAUUUCCCAAGUACUUUCCUCGAGUAUUUUACUUUACCUUUGGUGUCCUGGUUCCGCUAUGGCUGCUUAUUCUGAUUUCAGCUGGAUUUGGAAUCAUUCUUGCGGAUUAUGAGGCUGCAGAAGAGAGAAUAUCAAAUCAUGACAUCUUGGCAAGUCGAGCAAGAACGAACCGAAUAUCCGUCGAAACGAUCGAUAUUGGAAGUCUCCCUGUAGACUGCUACGUGCAAUAUCUGAACCAAUCCAAUCGAUCGCUCUUUGAAGAACGCAUCAACAUGUACAUCCUUGCUUCUUCCCGAUUAGAGGGACGGGACUCAUUAAACGCAACCGACGGUGGGGAUACCGUCAUGACGGAUCCUUCUACUAAUGUAAAUGGAACAAAGAGUACAGAUACGGACUAUACUCCUGUCAAUGAGACGAUACCAAGCACCAAUAAUUUCUUCAACCGUGCCUUUUCCAGCACAACCAAUAUCGCUUUGGAACUCGGUAGCAACAGCACUGCAAACCAUACAAACAGGACCGACAACUAUACUUUCAGUGAUUUAGUCAUGGAAACCGAAGAGGAUGCCUUACUUUACAUGACACAAUGUCAAAAGGAGAAAACAACUGACAUCCAGACUUAUCUCCAACUAAGAAAUGCGCAAGUUUCUCCAACCGACGAUCCCAUGACCUUCAAUUGGAACCGUUGUUGGUCUAAAGAAAUGAACGAUAUCUGGGGACCUUCACGGUUUGCCUUCUUUCCUACUCCCGAGCUGAUCGAGGCCUCGCGUCCUGCCCAACAGGAAGCUACGUUAGAGAACGAAUUCAUCCGAAUCCUCAAUGAAACGGAGAAGGCAUGUCUCGAUGAUGGUGGAGAAGAAAACGAAUGCUUUGAGUUAGCCUUGGAGGAGGCAUCUGAAAGGGCUGGGGAUAUCUGUCAUGAUAAUGUCGAGGGCACCAGCUGGUUUUUCUUCAGCGUUAUGACCACAAUCGGGUACGGAAACCAGGUUCCGAUUACAGAUGAAGGCCGUCUCCUGAUCUACACCGGCGGAAUCGCAUGUUUGAUUCUGUAUGCUGCAGUUCUAGGUUCCGCUGGUUACAUUAUACUGGCAAUCUUUGAUGACUUUGUUGCUCGAUUUUGGAUUUCCCAUUUUCUAAAAUAUCCUUUGGUUGGUGUUGGGGUAUGGGGAGGAAUUUGGAUCGGAUGGGCAUAUGGAAUCGCUGUCGGAGCGGACAACUGGUGGCAAGAGCGCUUGCCAGACUUUGAAGUAGAUCGAGGUGACUCGCUUUGGUUUGCAUUUGUCUCCACGUCAACAAUUGGUCUUGGUGACUAUUUUUUGCAACCUGAAGUCAUGUUUGCAAGCGAUGCCCUCUGGUUCAGCUCCGUUUUUCUCAUCGGGUUCGUGUUCUUAUCCACAUUUCUAAACAAGAUUGGUGGCUUCCUAAUCUCGGUUUUGCCCAAGCGAAGCAAUAGUCUAGAGCAUAGGCUGAAAGGAACCAAUCUCUUCUUCUGGAAGCACUGGCCAUGUAUCGACUAUAUUCAAUCUGACUAUCUCCGAUCCCUUGCUUACGACGAUGACUCCGAAGACACCGAUAAGACGUUGCAGCACCACCUCCAACAGGUCCAAUGGGUGGAAACCCUGAAGUCACGUUUUGCAGAUCAGAAUUUGUCGCCACCACUAGAUGACAUGCAUGUGGAAGGUGAAACGAGUAUGGACGAUUUGCUGGACGAAGAGGAGAUGAUACUGAGUGCCCUUCUGGAUUCGGUGGAGCAAAGACGUUCUGAAAUUCAUGUUCGACAUCGUAGGCGAAGGAGCCGCGAUCACUAA